GCGCCGACGACCGAUCAGUGUAGUCGGUCACGGAAGCUAGCUAGCUUAAGCCGGAAGGAGAGCAUCUGCUGCGUCAGCCGUGGGCUCCACGGCCACGCUCGUUUUUCCGGCCGCCUCUCCAUACGCCAUAGUGGGCGCACGCGUCUCGAGAGAACCAACCCAACAUUGCCGUCCAGCUCGGACUGACUGCUACACUACGCCUUACUGCUAGGAUCUACAAAUAGCUUUGCCGGCGGCUACCUAGCUAGCCCUCCCGGUCAUUUCCUCCUUCCCGGACCCAGAGUGACUGAGAUCACGCGCCCACAGCACACAGGUCUCCAAGCUAGGUAGCUGGCCUAGCUGAUUGCGACCGCCGCGGACGCACUGGCUGGUUUUAAGCCGACGACGUCCGUCCUCGGCAUGCGCUGUUCUGCUCGCCCGGGAAAUGGCGCCUGCAACUUCGAUCCUUGCCGCCACCUCCGGCACCGCCGCCGCUUCCAAGCGUCCGGCCGAUUCCGACGCUGAGCCGCUCGACUCCUCCGCCCUCCCGCAGGGUGAUGAGGCUGCGCGCAAGAGCCAGCAGCCGAAGCAGCAGCUGGAGUGCCCGCGCUGCCGAUCCACCAACACCAAGUUCUGCUACUACAACAACUACAGCACGGCGCAGCCGCGCCACUUCUGCCGCGCCUGCCGCCGCUACUGGACGCACGGCGGCACGCUGCGCGACGUCCCGGUCGGCGGUGCCUCCCGCCGCAGCGGGAGCAAGCGGCGCAGGGUCUCCGCCGAGCCGUCGUCCGCGUCCUCGCCGCCGCAAACGACAACGCGGGUCGAGGGCUCGUGGCCGGACCUCGCGACCAACUUCCCGUUCCUCAGUGACGGCAGCUUCUUGCCGCAGUUCGAUCUCGGCGUUGCACCGGCAGCGUUUUUGUGGCCGUCGGUAGUCUCGGAUUUUUAUGACGGGCUCGCUCCGUGGGACGAUGGAAUAGGCGCCGACGGUGUGACGGGCGCGUGGGGCGACAUCACCGGCCUCGAGCUCAGCUGGCCACCGCCGGGCAACUGAUCAAGGCAGCCGGUCUAGCAGCGCGACCUCAGGUAGUGUCCUUCCCAGUAUGUUUUGCCGAGCUAGGAAUGUAACCAGCUCAAUUCUCUGAUGACUCCACUGUUUCUUCUCGUGCUCAUUACGAAAUGAAGCGGUAAUUAUUACUUAAAUCAGUGAGCCGUGAUCUGUAGCUAGAGCAAGUAACAUAUGUGCAGUGAUUGUGACAAUAAAAUUACACACUUGCUAAUGUUUAUGUGCCUGAAACUUCGGAAUCCUUCUGGUGAUGGUGUGAACAUGCGCCGGAGAAGAAAAAAGGCUGACGGCGAGGUUAGCGGGCAGGGUUCCAGUGGGUUCACCGAGUGCGUCCACGGGCUGGCCUGAGGGUGGUGGGCGGUGUUAGCGCGGUCGUGGAUGGCGAAUCCGGUGGCAGGAGAGCCGGAGACAAUAGGGGGUGAGCAAACGCAAGAUUUGAGCGUUGGGGGAGAAAUAAAAAAAAAAUAGGUGGGCGUCGGGAGAUUGAAGAUAGGCCGUGAGAAAAGAAGAGAUUUCAGGCGGUUAAAAAUUAGUAUCGCCCAUAAAAAAUUUUCAGAACAGCAUUGUGUUCUUCAGUCAAGCAUGUACUAUCAUGCUGAUAGCUAGACAACACAAUGCUGAACAGCAUUGAUUGCUCAAGCAAAACAUAAGGACAGGGAGGAAUGGAAGUAAACUGCAAACGCAAUUCGUGUA